AUGGCAUCACUCUUAAACGCCUGGAGAAGCGCCCUUCGUCGCAAGUCCUCAAUCUCAUCCCCAAAGCCAUCCCCCAACGUUUCAUAUACUACUCUACCGUUAGAAACCCCUAUAGAGGAAGAGACUUUACCUCACUAUAAACCUGAACAUUAUUUCCCGGUCCAUAUCGGGGAUGUAUACGAGACCAGGUACCAGAUCACGGGCAAGCUUGGCUAUGGAGCAUACUCGACCAGUUGGCUAUGCCGGGAUCUUCAGGGCGACAAAUAUCGAGUACUGAAGGUGUCCACGUCACUACCAACAUUUCCUACUGCAAGCGAUCGCGAGCUAAAGAUUUAUGAGCACCUUUCGAAAGUCAAUCCUAAGCAUCAAGGCCACUCGCUGAUUCGCGAGCUGUAUGAUUCAUUUGAUCUUCAAGGGCCGUUCGGCAAACACCGCUGCCUGGUGAUGCAGCCAAUGCAUAUGACGCUUCUUGAAAUGAUGAGCCUGAAUCCGCGACCUUUUGAUAUUCCUCUGCUCAAAAUGACCGUUAAACGUCUUCUGUUGGCCCUUGACUUCUUGCAUACUGAGGCUGAGAUAGUCCACACUGAUUUGAAGACCGACAAUCUAAUGCUCACUCUGGAGGACAACACCAUGCUAGCGGAUUUUGCGAAAGCGGAGGCUGAGGAUCCUAGUCCUCAGAAAAAGAUUGACGAAUCUCGUACCAUAUACAAGAGUCGAAGAUUCCGCCGACCUACCGGAGGCAAAGGUUAUGGCCUUCCUAUCCUAUGCGACUUUGGCGAGGCGCGAAUUGGCAAGAGACAGGAAUCCGGCCCGUUCGUUCAACCGCACAUCUAUAGAGCACCGGAGAUUAUAUUUGAAAUGCCGUGGGGCAGUGCUGUCGACAUCUGGAACCUGGCUGGUUUGAUUUGGGACCUCUUUGAAGGCGAGCAUCUUUUCGGGGAUAUAUUUGACAUCAAGGGGGGCCACGACCCGUUCAAGCAUCUAGCGCUGAUGGUCGCCUUGAUUGGGCCACCACCGAGUGAAUUUGUCAAACGUAGUGAGACAACAGAGAAGUGUUUUGACCCUAGCGGCGCAUGGAUUGCAUAUGAAGAUGCAGCCUUACCAUUGGUUUCUCUGGAGAGUCUGGAGAAGCGACUUUCUGGACAAGAGAAAGAACUGUAUCUCCAGUUCAUGAGGUCAAUGCUCAAGUGGCUGCCAGAGGAACGCUGGACGGCGCGGCAGCUGCUUGAGCAUCCAUGGCUGCUCGAGUGA